UUCACUCAUAGAUGAUCCUCCCUCACCGACUCUGACUCCAUCCACACUGGAGGUGGAGGAGGGAGCCUCAGUGAGUCUGACGUGCUCUGCUCCAGCUCCAGCUCCAUGUUGGUCUCAUCCUCCAGCUCUGACAUGGAGCCCUAACCUGGGUCAGAGUCAGGAGACACUGCAGGAGAAUCAGGACAAAACUAAAGUCAGGACCUCUGUUAUGAAUUUCACUGCUUCUCACCUCCAUCAUGGAAAUAAAAUCUCCUGCACUGCUGUCUACCAGAAACAAGAUGGUAGCCCUGAUGUCACUGCUGAAACAAGUUUAACUCCUGAUAUUUCAAGUGGAACGUGGGGGAUCACAAUGCCACAGAAUAUAAAUGUCGUGAGUGGAACCUGUGUGAUCAUCCCCUGCUUCUUUGACGUAGAGAAGAGCUAUAAAAAAAUGUUAGAUCAUACAUGUGAAGCAUAUUGGGUCAAAGAAGGUGCAAAACUGCUUGCAACUAAAGACAUGAGAGGAGACUUAACAAAGAAAGACUGCACCACAACUUUCAAUAAUGCAAGUCUUCUUCAAAGAAGUAAAUACUACUUGAGACUGGAGUGUAAUAAUACACUGAUCUACACUUUUAAACAAGCUGGUGUAGAUAUUUCAUUCAUAGAUCCUCCUUCACCGACUCUGACUCCAUCCACACUGGAGGUGGAGGAGGGAGCCUCAGUGAGUCUGACGUGCUCUGCUCCAGCUCCAGCUCCAUGUUGGUCUCAUCCUCCAGCUCUGACAUGGAGCCCUAACCUGGGUCAGAGUCAGGAGACACUGCAGGAGAAUCAGGACAAAACUAAAGUCAGGACCUCUGUUAUGAAUUUCACUGCUUCUCACCUCCAUCAUGGAAAUAAAAUCUCCUGCACUGCUGUCUACCAGAAACAAGAUGGUAGCCCUGAUGUCACUGCUGAAACAAGUUUAACUCCUGAUAUUUCAUGUGAGUUUAUUUUUCUCUUCUCAAAUGAAAUAAAUAGUAAUAACGUUUAAAUAGUAGUAGUAAUGUAUUUAGUAAUAAAUACAGUUAUCUAGAUCUGUUAUUUAUUCUCUCUAAGAGUAAAACUACAUUUAGUCAGUCACAUUUGACAGUUGCUUUUCACUUUACAGUUUUAAGUUUCAGAGUUUCACUUACUAUAUAUAGUAUCAUGUAUUUUCCCCAAGUUAUGAUAUUUGUUUUGCGAAUACACAACCAGUAAAACAGAAUUAUUAA